AUGAAGCUUUACUUCGGAUCCAGCAUAUUUUGGAAGUGCAGCAAGACCACUUGCCGGCAGAAGACCAACAUCCGUACUGGGACUUGGUUUGUUAACUCACGCAUUUCCUUCGUUACAGCGAUCCGUUUCAUCUACUGCUGGGCCAAAGAGCUGACUUCAAUUGAAUGGUGCAAAAACGAGCUUGUUAUGAACCACAAUACGGCCGUCGACUGGAACAACUACAUGCGCGAUGUAGUUACCGAACAGCUAAUUCAGCGAGGGAAUAAAAAAAUCAGAGAAGAAGGAAAAAUUGUUGAAAUCUAUGAAAGCUUGUUUACAAGACGCAAGAAUCAUGCCGGUCGCAUUCUUCCUCAGCAGUGGAUUUUUGGAGGUAUUUGCCGCGAGACGAAGGAGUGUUUUUUGGUCAGAGUACCGAAUCGUAAUGCCUCAACGCUGCUAAAAUCAAUUACGGAGAACAUUGAAGAAGGAUCAUUAUCUACUCUGAUUGCUGGCAUGGCUAUAAUACAGAAGAUCUCACAGAAGCAGGAUUUGAACAUCCCAAGCUACUACAACGCUGGAUCAAAACAAAGUGGAAUUUUUCAACUCUUGACAGAUCAUAAAGCGAUACUCGGUCAUGGUGGGUUUGGGGCUGUCGGAUUAGUAUCGCGUUGUGCAUUCAUUGCAGUGUUUUUUGAUAGCGAUGUCUCUACGAGCACUGAAUUCGAGUUUCCAACAACUAAGGCUUUUCCUAUCAUUGAUCAAGAAAAAGUCAAGGAGAACAAAGGAAGUGCAACAAGGCUAAAGCAGAAAGCGGAAAUAUAUGAAAACACUCCUAGUGCAAUGAUACCUCGACCAAUGGUGGAAAGAGCCUUCGAACUGAAGACUUAA